AUGUUCCCAGGGGAGCACCUUGACCCCCUGUUCAUACCAAAGCUGAUGCAGGAUGAAAGGAAGAGUAAAGGUAGCGAAGUUUUACCUGCUGGAACUAUUCCCCACUCAUUCUCACCCGCUGAGAAGAGAACGGGGAAUGAUACUUGGCUAGACAACGUAUUCGGGGUUCAAAAAGAAAACCAAAUGGGAAAGAGAUUGGGGAAAUUCCCAAAUCUUCUUCGAAUGGGACAAACAACUAUUAUUACAGGUGAAUACCAAAAACGAACCAAAGUUUACGACGAUGCAGGUAAUUGGGUUGAUACUAAGCCUCUAAAUUCAAUCACAAGAAAUGUGAACCUUUAUUCAACAUCUACCCACAAAAAUCCAUUCAUGAUUAUACUCCUCAAGAACUAA